AUGGCGAUACGUGUGUAGCAAAGUACAGCAGGGUGAUGAACAGGUCAUGGCUGAUGGAGAGCUGAGUUUGAUUGAUAAAAACAUUUCAAGAUGGGGAUUCUUCAAAAAGUGAUCGGAGCAUGGAGUGGCGUAUUUACCCAGCUGCCAACCCUCUCGCUUCAUGCGCGCAAUCCGCUCUCUCUGCCUCUUCUCCUCUCUCAGUAAAAGUUUAUUUGAGGUUCCACUGAAGCCCGCUAUCACAUCUUUAAACCUCCACUGUAAUCGACUGUCAAAGAUUGAAGGGUUGACAACAGCAUGGCAUCUGCGGCAUCUGGACCUUUCAUCAAAUCACAUUACACAUAUCGAGGGCCUUGGUGGCCUUUCUUCAUUGCGUACUUUGAACCUGUCUUGCAACAGCAUCACCAAGGUGGAAGGUCUUAAUGGACUUGUAAACCUUACAAGGCUUAACUUGGCUUAUAAUCAAAUAAACGACCUCACUGGUCUCUUAUAUCUGCAUGGGACCGAAUACAAAUUGAAACACCUCCAGCUUCAUAGCAAUCGACUGGACAGCAUGAACCAUGUGCUGCAGUGCAUGGUGGGACUGCACAAUCUGAGAGAUGUCACUCUCCGUAUGGAUGGUGCUGAUAAUCCUGUGUGCCGUCUACCAGGCUACAGGGAUCUGGUGCUGCAGCCUUUGCAACAAAUCUCUACUCUGGAUGGAGAAAAUAGGUUCGGAAAACCCACUCUGUCAGGGGAUGAGAGCCCAAUGGACGUCCCAGGCCUGGAAGACUUUCUGGAGUUUCUGAUUUCAACAGACACUUGUGUUGCUGCCGAGCCGAUCCAGACAGAUGCUCCUCUCCCCACGCCCCGGAUUGACGAGGUUCUGACACAGUUUCGGCGUCACAAUCAAGUUUUGAACGCACCUGCCGAAACCCCAGGAGAUUCAGCCACAGGGAACCAGAUAAAUGAGCUUCGUAUUAAAAACUUGGAGCAGCAGGUGUCUCAACUCUUCCAGAAGCCUGCAGUGGCUGAUGGCGCUAGUGCGAGCGCUGCUUUGCAGUCUGUGGUACAGAAGGCAAAAAGGGACACGGAUCUCACAUCCGAGAGCGAAUAUGACAGUGCGAAAGAGAAUCUGCGACACUCCAGAGUCCGCCGACCCAAAAUCACAACAGCGAAGAAGCUGGUGAAAGGCAAACACUCUGACAGUGAAGCAAGCACACAAAAGCACAGGAGUUUAAAGCUGACCGCUGGCUCUGGGCAGAGGGCAGCAGUCCAAACUGUGGGGUCGACAGAAACAGCCAAGAAAGGCCUCAGAGCACGCCAGACCACUCCAGACAAAAUCUCCAAUCACACACAACAGGAGACCUAUAGGGUGAUACUGGAGGAGCGGGAUCAGGAGCGGGAACGGCGCUGGAAGGCAGAGCAGGCUGUGAAGAAGCUUACAGAUCAGGUGAAGGGGCUGCAAACACAGGCCACAGAGGAGAAAGAACUCCAGAGCCUGGCCUUGCACACAACUGAUAGGCUGAAGCAGUUGUUGCUGAAGGAGCGCACGGAGCGGACAGCACUGCAGGCUCGAGCGGAGGAGCUGGAGGAACGAUGUGCAAAUGCAGCACAACAGCUGCAGCAGCAGCACAGCCAUGAGGCGAAAUACAAGGAAGCACUGCACAGUUUACAGGAGAGCGUCUCCCAGCAAGAGACCCUCAGGGCCAGUCAGCAGGUGGAGGAGAUGAAGAGGAAGCAGGAGCUGGAGAACAAAUGCGCUGUUCUAAAGCGAGAAGUGGAAAUACUCAGAGCAUCAGUGCGGCAACAGAAAGAUAAGCUACAGCAACUACAUGAGCUGCUGACCUCCAGAGAAGAAGCGCACAGGAAGGAGCUGGCUUCACGGCUCAUUCCUGGUGGCGCUGAGUUUCGUGAAGCCGUGGCGAAGGAAGUGGGGGCUGUCGAGCAGAGACACACUCAGAGACAUAGCGAGAUGGAGCAGAAACUGGUCGAUGCCCGACACCAGUAUGCCACCCUGGAGGAUGAGUUCCGCAUGGCUCUCACCAUCGAAGCCAGUCGCUUCUCUGAGGUGAAAGAGAGCUUUGAGCAGGUGUCUGCUGAGCUUGCUGAGGUGAAGAUAGCGUUGACCGCGUCUCAGCAGAGAGAGAAGCAGUCAGGCUCUCUGGUGCAAGAGCUCACAGCUAUGGUGAAGGAGCAGAAAACUCGCAUAGCUGAACUCCUCAGAGCCAAACGUGAUGCUGUAACAGAAUUAAAGGCACGAGUGCGGACUCUGGAGGCAGGAGCAGAGGAGGACAGGCGACUAAGUGUGCAACUGGAACUUCUGAAGAAGGACAAAUCCAAACUGCUUUCACAGCUCAUUGCACAGGAGACUGUUAUAGAAGGGCUCCGAGCAGAGAGAAGGCUUUGGGGACAGGAGCUCGCCCAGCAAGGAGCUUCUCUUGCCCAGGACCGAGGUCGCUUGGAGGCCAAAAUCGAGGUCCUGACUACUGAGCUGGAGAGCCAGAAAAAACAGAAUCAGAGAGACAACGACUCACUAAAGAUUAAAACAAAGAUAGUGGAUGAUCAAACGGAGACAAUCCGGAAGCUAAAAGAGGCAGUGCAGGAAAGGGAUGAGCAGCUGCGUGCUCUGCGCGAGGAAAACCUGCAGGUUCAGAGAAAGUGCCAGAAGGAGCUGGAGGAUGAGAUGGUCUCAGCAGCAGAGCUCCGCGAUGCCGUGGACAAACUAAGCCUCAGAAAAGAUGAGCUCAAGCAACAGCUCCUUGACAAGGAGGCUGAGCUGGAUGAGCUCAGAGAUACCUACAGUGCCUCGAGUCACAAGUGGCAGGAAAAAGCGGACCUGCUGACCAAACUGGAGUGCCAGGUGAAGCGUAUGAAGGAGGGCUUCGAUGCCAAAGAGAAAGCGCUACUAGAAGAAAGGGAUAAAACCACCCGAGCACACAAGGCAGCAGUUGAGAAACUUCAUUGUGUGGACGACGCUUUCCGUAGACAGCUGGAGUCCCUGCAGGCUUCCCAUCAGGCUGAGCUGCUCCGACUGGCUAAUGACAAACAGAAACAAAUAGAACAGGCCAAUCAGAGGGUGCUCCAGGUCGAGGAUGAGAUGAGGCAGCUGCUGGAAGAAACCGAGAGCAACAAAAUGGCAAUGGAGGAGAAAAUAAGACGCCUCACCAGUGUGCUUAAAGACUUCUAACCAAAUAAUUCUCUUUUUAAAAUAAACAUUGUAAAAUACGUA